AUGAUCCACUACCAUUUAAUAGCAUGCCUUUUAAUUCUGGCGGUGUCUGGGCAAGAUAUUUCCGGAAAAAAUAUAAGACCUAGGCCAUAUUACGUAUCUGACAUUUCAGAAGAAGGUCCACUACAAGUUUAUAAAUCCUCAAGGCGCUCUGAACGGUACGAAACGGAAAACAAACCAGACAUCGAAUACGCGUAUCCAGCUCGAUAUGAGACAGAGCAGGCCGAGUAUGCGUUACAAAGGAAUGCAAAAGAUUACGAGCAAUUAAUCAAAUCUCAGUACGCUCAAUUAAGGCAGCCGAAUGUUGAGCAGUAUUUAAAGGAAGUUACUCCAACAACUAAAACCGUUUACAAUCAAAGACCUGAGAGCUAUCGCUUGAAUGCACAAAGUAAUGGUAUUAAGAAUCGAGAACAAACGAAUACAGGCAGACCUCCCGUAAGAUAUGUUUUGCAAAACGAACAAAGGCAGCCCUCCCAGCCUCAAUACCAAUUCCAAAACCCCGACCAAGUAAAGCAAUACGAAUUGCAAGGACCUUCGUCGAACGUAGUAUACCAAAACCUUCCUAGAGUGGAAGAAUCGGCGGAAGAACCAUCAAAAUCGCAAAUAUACGUAUCUCAAAGCAUCGCGAAAAAACCUACAAAAUUGAAGCAGUUAAAACCGAAACCAUACGAACAACAACAACAACCAAAUGGUGAAUAUUACAGACAACUUCAGAUCUAUCAUCAGCAAAGACAGCAACAAUUGGAGCAGCUUCAGCAAAUCCAACAGAACAAACCGCGCGACUUCGAACCGUCUCAACUGAUCAGCUACGAAACCCCGCAAGGUCAGAAGGUGGAGUACCAAGAAGAAACCCCGUCGUACCCCGACCCUUCCCCAGUCCGACAACAAUCUAAAAGACCCAAUGGACCAAUUAGAUACCAACUCGAGCAACCUCAGUACGAAAGCCCGGAACAAGUCGAAUAUCAAAGACCAACGGAGUACCAGCAAAAACCAAAGCAGCAUCCGAAAUACCUGCCGGAACCCAAAACCAGGUACCAAACAAGUCCCAUAGAGGAAUCCAGCCCCCCCGAGGAAGCUCUAGCGAAAUACCAGGCUUCAAUAAAAAAGUACCACCAAGCUCAAUCGCCGAGAUAUCAGCCGCAAGAAAUCAGUUAUCAACCCCAGCCGAGCAAAUAUCAGUAUAGCGAGGAAAGUCAGCCAGUGCCCCAAUACAAAGAUUUCGAUGGUGUUGUUUACGAAAGGCCACAAUCGAUUAGAAGCAGACCGGAUACAAGAUACAAGCAGUAUCUGCAAGGUCCCAAUGUUAGAUACGUGGAAAGGCCGAGCGGGCUAAGUUACUCUUUAUCUAAAUAGUAUUUUGUCAUUUGUAUGAUUUUUAGAUAGUAGUAUUUAUAUAGGGUUUUUGUAUAAAUUUAAUAUGCAUCAUAUAUUUUUACAGAAAAUAAAGUGUUUUAUUUUAAAUAA